UCCAGCGGUGCCUUGGCCCCGCCUCGCCGGGCCGCCAUCUUGGCUGGGAGCCGCGUCGGGCGCCGCAGCGGGGAGGCUGGGGGGUCGCCGGCCUUGCCCUGCCCGCUCUCUCCUGUGGCGCUCCCUUCCCUUCCCUUUCUCCUUCCCUCCCCUCUUCCCCUCCCUCGCUUGGCCGCCGGCUGCAGGCAGGUGGGGCGUCCCGGCCGUGGAGGGGCCUGCACCAGCAGGGAGAGAUGAGCAACAACAGUAAUAAGAGAGCACCAACGACAGCAACACAGAGACUUAAACAAGACUACCUUCGAAUUAAGAAAGAUCCAGUGCCUUAUAUCUGUGCAGAGCCCCUCCCAUCUAAUAUCCUUGAAUGGCACUAUGUUGUACGAGGACCUGAAAUGACUCCUUAUGAAGGUGGCUAUUAUCAUGGGAAGCUAAUAUUCCCCAGAGAAUUCCCUUUUAAACCUCCUAGUAUUUAUAUGAUUACACCUAAUGGAAGGUUUAAGUGUAACACAAGGUUGUGUCUUUCAAUCACUGAUUUCCACCCGGAUACAUGGAAUCCAGCUUGGUCAGUCUCGACCAUCUUGACGGGCCUUCUUAGUUUUAUGGUGGAGAAGGGCCCCACCCUGGGCAGCAUCGAGACGUCAGAGUUCACAAAAAGACAGCUUGCUGCACAAAGCUUAGCAUUUAAUUUAAAAGAUAAAGUCUUCUGCGAGCUCUUCCCUGAAGUGGUGGAGGAGAUCAAACAAAAACAGAAAGCACAAGAAGAGCUCAAUAACAGACCUCCAUCCCUCCCUUUACCAGAUGUUGUCCCUGACGGGGAAGCACACUACGGUCAGAACGGGAUCCCCCUUCUGAAUGGGCACGUACCACUGGCACCUGCCAACCAUCCUGGGCUCCAACAGGCCAACCGUAACCAUGGACUUUUAGGCGGAGCUUUGGCGAACUUGUUUGUUAUAGUUGGUUUUGCAGCCUUUGCCUACACAGUCAAGUAUGUACUGAGAAGCAUAGCGCAAGAAUGAGGAUAAUAAAAAGCAAUCCAAGACCAAAUUAGUGGUAGUUGCAGAAUGAUUGGGACUCUUUUGGGGCAUCUGACUCUGACACUGGGAUAAAAUAUUUGUUUUACCAAGUUGCAGGUAAAACUUUGGUUGGCUCAUGGGUUUUGUUUGGGAAAUGGAGUAGUUUCCAUUAGUCAGAAAACUAAAAGAAGUUCUACUCACAGAUCCUCUUGUCCUCGCUACUCUCUGGUAGUGGCUCACCAACAAGUCAAAGCAUUAUUGAUGAGAUGCUGACAUUUCUAGUGCUUUGAUUUUUAUAGCAGUUCUCCAUCCGUUAUUUGAAAUUUGAAAACCUGAAGCAAAUAAGGCUUUUUACUUCAUUGAACAGUUUUUAAAAUUUCACAGUUUAUGCAUAUCAUGUUUUAUUUUCUUUAGGGAAGAGUCUGUACAGGUGUUGAAAUGAUUCGUGUAGAGCUUUCAUGUGGACUUGGUAAGGGUUUGAUUCAUGUGAACAUUGAUGCUACAGAAGAUUGCUGGUUUCUUUUUUAAAAUAGAAUGAACAUCAUCACAUAUCUAGUCAGUAGCGAUUAGAUGAGUGGGAAGAUAACACUGUGUGUGUUAAAUGUGUUGUCUAAAUUGUCACAAUGUAAUUGAAGGUUUUAUUUGGGCUAAAAGAAGUGCAGUUUGUUGGCCUUUAGGAAUGAUUAGUAAGAAAAAAAGCAUUUGAAUCAGCCUUUAGGGGGGUAUACCCAUAUCCAGUAUUGUUUCGGAUUUGUUCACUUAGAGAUUUCCAUUUUGGGAGAUGUUCUAUUUGAAAGCUGUAAUACUUAAUUUUGAUCACAAGGUGCCACUGUUGAAAAAAAAUAAUAAAACUGCACACACCAAUGGAGAGUUGAUUGUGUAUUCAGAAAAUCUUCUCUGGAUUUCUUGGGCUUUGGGAAAUGAAGUAACCCUAGCCCUUGUGGAGAUAAAAAGACAAAUGAGUCUGAAUAACAAACCAGCUUCUUCAGAGUCAACUGAAUUAAUCUGAAGUGUCAGUAGCUGAAGUAAACCCUUAAAAUUAAUUCUGCUUGCUUACUUGAAGAUUUUCAUAAACUCUUAUAAAAACCACCACCAAAACCCAAACCCUUCUCAUUCUUCUGAGAUUCUAGAAGCUUUUUUCUUUUAGGUGUGAGUUCAUCACUGUUCCCCUUUCAGAUGAUUGAUGACUGAAAUACUGAUGUUUGUUCAUGGGAUUACAGGACUGUGGAUAAACACAAAAACUCCUAGGGUAGUUCAAAAGUCUGAAAUUACUUUUUUAACUGAGUUUGCUUGGUUCCCCCCCGCCCCCUGCUUAAUUUUCUCUCAAUGCUUUGUUUAUCAGAGGCAAACAUCCUGUGCCUUUCAUAAUUGACAGUGAUCCCUAGUCAACUGGGGAAGAACCCGCUCACUGUUAAUGCUACAACAAAUUGUCAGAGGUGAUAGCAGGGUAAAAAAGCUCUGCAUCUAACUGUAUAGUCUUAUUUCAAGUAUUGUGAAGAGCCCAAAUAAAUAUUACCUCAUGUAUCUAAGAA